CAACCCCCGCAAGUGACUUUAUUUCGCUUGAAUUUCGAUCAUGUUUUGCAGCUGGAAUCGACCAGCGCCGAUACAUUAUAUGAAAGGAAGGUCUGUUUGUGCUUGGAUUAUGUUGAUCUAGGAUAAAGACGUUUACCACGACAUAUCUUUACACUGUAGUGGUAUUUUUUUUUUUUGAUAUAUAUUUAUCUUGAUAUUAGUUUUUAUGUAAGCUUUACAUGACCACUUUCACAACAGGCAUGAAUAUCGAUACUACUACCAUGGAUUCUCUUAUGUAUCCAAAAUUGGUGAACAAACCAUCGAUUGCAAAAAUCGAACAAGAUUUUCUGGACUGCCUAGAGAAGUUAAAACAAGAGUUUACAGAAACCGGAUGCCCUGUAACAGAUGAUUGUCAAAAUCUCCAGAAAGCCUGUGCCAAAUUGGAGUAUUUGUUAUCUUAUGAAAUGAAAGAACAUACCAGUUUGUUAGGCCGGAAGAAAAAUUACUGGGACUACUUCUGCGAGUGCCUUGCUCCCAGUAAAGGACUCAGAGAUGGCUUAAAAUAUGUCAAAUCUCUUAAGGAGUAUCGCACAGCUUUAGGUAAAGGAAGAGCAUUGAUUCGGUUUGCCCUUGUCCAUAAACGACUUGCAGAUACAAUCCAACAGUGUGUUUCAAAUGGCCGUAUCACAAGUGAAUGGUUUUAUCCAUCAUCUCCUUGGUUACAACACAAACACAGUUCGGUAAUUAUAAAUGCACUGUAUGACAUCAAUGAUGUAAACUUCGAUUUAAUUCCUACAGGUUAUGAUUUAGACAACUCAUGGCCUUCAUUUGCCAGAAAGACGAAUGGCAGCUAUUCCUGGAAUCCGCCCAGUAGAACAUCCAGUAUGAGCAGUCUUCUCAGUAUUCCAAGCAUACAACAGGAUAGUCCAUCUUCUAAAAUAGAUGUUGCUUCCUCCUUUACUGAAUCCAUUGACGAACAGUACAUGUCCCCUCGAGAAACAAGUUCUAAUGUCUCCUGUUCAGAACUGUACUCUAAAAUUGAAGAAUUAGAAGAGGAGAAGUUCACUACAAGUCAGGAGGUUGCUCUUUGGGUUAAGAGACUUAAUGAGAUGAAAGAGAAAUACAGAACACUGAAACAAGAGUACGAUAGCCUGAGUUUGGAAUUUAGCAGUUCACAGCAAGCCUGGCAAGAUGAAAAGGAUAGAUUAGAUUUAGAACGUAGAAAUCUUACGGAAGGCCUCAAGUCUCUCCAGGACAAAUUAACUGAGAUAGAACAUGAACACGAACAGAUUGUUAAUACUAACAAAUCCAGAAUAGAAGUCUUGGAGAAGGAGAAAACUAUUCUGGAACAACAAAUAAAUAGUCUCAAGUCAACAGAGGUAGAAUUUGCUGAAUCAACAGCAGUUCAAGAAGAACAGUUUCAAUCUUUGUCAUCAUCGCAAGAAAAUGAAAAUGAUGUUAAUGAUAUUAAUGAAGAUGAUGAUGAUGAUGAUGUUGAUGAUCAUGUUGAUGAUGAUGAUGAUGAUGAUGUCGUUGAUAAUGAAGACAGUGUAGAAUAUUUGAAGCAAGAAUAUGAAAAGAUCCUAUGGGAAAAUCGACGUCUGCAGCGGAAAUGUGAAGAUUUUGAAGAAGUGCAACGAGAACUGCACAGACAGAAUGAAGAGCUUGUGAUGCUACAACAGUCUGUUGAAGAGAAAGCUGAGCUGUUAAACAAAUACCAGCAACAAUCUCAGCAUCUAAAAUCUACCUUGAAUAAUCUUUUAGAUUUUGACUCUAUUGAUGAUCAGGAGUAUAUUUCUAACUUUGAAUCCAUAGAUGACGACUUCAGUGAUACUGUAGAAAAACUGUUUGAGUUUGUGAAAGAGGCUAAAAAUCUAAAUUCUGAAGGAAGAUUUCAUCAACAAGAACCAAACAAGGAAAUUCUAGCACAAAUAUCAUUGUUAAAGUCAGAAUUGGAAGGUUCUAGAUCACAAAAUGCAGAAUUGCAAAAACAAGAAUCUGAUUUCAGUGAGAAAAUGGAAAAAAUAUCAUCUGAGAAUUCUUAUUUGAAAGAAUGUAUUCAAAAGUUAGAAUGUGAUUUAGAAACAAAAGAUAAAGAAUAUAAUACAUUAGAAGAAAAGAAUAAAGCUUCCAAUGAUGAGAUUAGCAAUUUUGGCUGUGAAAGAGAAAAUAUGAUUCUUCAAAAUGAAGAGCUGAGCGAAAAACUGCAUUCUUUGGAAAAUAAUCAUAAGGAAUUAAUGGCUAAACACUUUGCUCUUCAAUCUGAACUCGAUGAAUAUAAGGAACAGUAUGAGCUGCAAAUAUCUGUAAUAAAUGCCAAACAUAAAGAAACAGAACAACAACUGCUGAGUUCUAAAGAAAAAUUCCAAACCAAGCUAAAUGAAGUUUUAGAGGAAAACCAAAACCUUACAAAAGAAAUGGAAAAUCUAAAGAAAGAAGCAGCUGAUUUACAUGUGAAAGUAGUGAAAUCUGAAACAGAAAAGAUUGACUUGCAGCAAGAGCUUGAUCAAGUUAUGUCAGAAAAUACAAAAUCAAAUGAUAUGCGAAUAACAUUGCAGUCUGUGAUAGAUUCUCUACAAGUUGACAAAGACCACUUGAUUGAAGAGAAGAAACUCUUGCAGUUAGCUGAACAAGAUUUCAAGGACAGUUUACAAGAGAAGGAAGAGACUAUUGAAAAUGUGAGAAAAGAAUUUGCAGAAAGCCAAGAAUCAAUUUCUUCUGAGCUGAAUUUAGUGAAAGAAGAAUUGUCUGCAGUCCAUUUCCAGUUGAGUGCCCAGCAACUUCAGCAUCAAAAGUCUGUGGAGACGAUGAGUAACAAAGAACGGGAACUACAAGACAGCAAUAAGACAGUGAAAGAGAAAGAAGAUAUUCUCAGACACUUACAAGAAGAGAAAGAACAAUUGGAAAUCACAAUGAAGAAUCAGUUGGCAUGUUUACAUGAGAUGUUGGAGAAAACACAAGCUGAACUGAAAACUUCAGAAGAAGAAUACAGCAAACUCCAGGAAAAAUAUGAAAUGACAAGCCAAAUUUAUGAAGAAAAAACCAAGGCAAAACACAUUCAAAAUGUAAACUUGAUAAAACAGAAAGAUCAAGAGAUAAUCAUCUUACAGAUGGACUUGAAAGAUUUAAGGAAAAGAGUCAUCAAGUUAACACGAGAGAAAGACCAUCUGUGGAAGCAGACUGACAAACUUGCUUACCAUCGGAGAUUAGAAGCGAAUAAGAAGUGGAUGGACAAUAAUGAAGUUAACAACUGUCUAGGCUGUAAUGCUGUAUUUUCAUUUACUCUACGGAAACACCAUUGUCGGCUCUGUGGAGGAAUUUACUGCCACAACUGUACUAGUCGUCAAAUAAUGACAGCUCACAGCAGUAAGAAAAUGAGAGCUUGCGAGAAAUGUUACCAACUCCAGAAGGAACAGUCUGAAGAUAGUGCCAAUCCUAUUCUCUAUGUUGAGAGUGAAGAAGAAGACAAAGAAUUGUCUGAGAGUUCCUCCUAUCGCCGCAGUACAAAAUGGAGUGAAUCAGCCAGUGACGUUUCCGAUAUGCUUGAUCACACUGAUGACAUGGAUAGUUUGCAAGACCAAAAUUCUGAAAUUGGCCAGUCUUCAUUAUCGUUUGCUUCCGGUGGUGUAACAAAGAAUGGCUCUAGUGAUAAUUCUGUUGAAGAAAAGAUACCGGAAGAUGAAACAGAUGCAGCAGAAAAGACACCUGCUGCUGCAGAAAAUGAUGCUGCAGAAUCUUGCGACAAAGUUGUUGAUACAGACACAUCUAACAUCUGGGAGAAUUCUUCUGAUUUUGCUGUAAUCAGUGAAGAUGAAAUUGCCAAAAUGAGAUCAAAGUCUACAGAGAAUGAAGACAAUGAAAAUCUGAAAUUGCCAACUGGUAUCUCAGUAUCUUUGGAAGAACUUGAGCGAGGAGAGAUAAAUUCAGAAAGGAUUAUUUGGAUACGGUAUGGCUGUUCCUAUAUUGUAUCUGUCUGUGUAAACAAACUUGGUCUGGAUAUCUGUUGGGAAUUCACAUCAUAUCCUAAGGAUAUUGCAUUUGGUGUUAUAUUUAAUUCUCAAAAUCCCUGUCCCAAUGAAGGUAAUGAAAAAGUAUUGAUACCAGUCCAGAAAUGCCAGUCUCAUCAUCAAACUAUUAAAGGUCAAUUGACACCUCGUGAUUUGGGAAUCUAUCAAAUUAUAUUCGAUAAUGCUUAUUCCAGACUGACUUCAAAGAAAGUAACCUAUUCACUCCAUGUUCGUAAAAUUGGGGACACCUCGUGACAAUGAAGAUGAUUCUUGUCAAUUUUUGAAGUAUGAUAUAUUCUUGACUGCUGCAUUACAUUCACAUUGUUGUGUAAAUAUCGCUGAUUAACUUCCAUGAAAUUUGAGUGCAUUCAUUUUCUUUUUUUUUUUAACUGGUAUUAAUGCACAUUUUUACCAAAUUCUUCCUUCUGAUGGUGAUUUGUGUACUGUUCUAAGACAUAAUUCAGUGUUUCUGAAAUUCUUUACGGAACUAUUCAUUUUCACUUUUUUCGCAUACAAGAUGAGGAUUUUAUUGUUCACUAUCGCUACAUUAUCAUUUUCCUAUUGUUUACUAAAGAUAAUGAAAUGUAAAGGAAAUUUAUUAUGGAAAUUAAAUUGCUUAAAAGAUUUUUAUAUUAAUCAAGAUUAUUUGAAGAUUUGUUAAUGAACAGUAUUGACAGAAAAAUAACUUCCUGCUGAAUGACAUUGCUUGAAGGUUUUUCUACAGACAACUUUGAUUACAAAUUUGUUGAUAAAUAACAAAGGUAAAUGAUAUUUAAAAGAGUUGAAAUGUGUUUGUGAGCAAUAUUUAUAUCCUUUGAUCUUGUUACUAAACAAAACUAACUUAAGAAUUGUCUGACAUCAUCUUUGAAUGUUUUGUCAAUGAACCAAAUCAGCCAAAACCAUUAUCUUAAGAUUUGUUGUUAUAUAACACUAACCAGAGGUCUCUGGUGAAUGAUAUUAAAUUCAUUGAAAUUCA